CCAAGAGGUGUUUCGGCCUGUUUCGGGAUUGGCCGGACAUUUUCGCCUCUUUGUUUUACUGAUAGUGGAUUUAAAUCGGAUUCAACCCAAUGUCCAGCGGACUGUACUGUUCCUAAACAGUAUACUCGUGGGCGGUGUGCCUGUCUACGGAGCCUGACCAGAAGACCGCUCCGUCGCCCCUUCUGCGGCGCCGUUGUUUUGGGUCACCUACUGGGAUCCGAUCCAUUGUCCUGGGUGGUGGUCCAAACAGAGGAUCCGCUUCGGGAAAGUCGUAUUCCGGGUUGUAAUGUUGCCACAUGAAAGGGCAUCCAUGAUGCGGAGCUAACACCACCUCGUGCCUGCAGGAAGAGACGUGGCUGCCAAAUUAUCCCCAGUCAACACAUGGCGGCAUUAGGGAACCCUGAGACGCUAACCAGGAAGAUCAAGUUGUGGGACAUCAACGCCCACAUCACUUGUCGCCUGUGUGAGGGGUACCUGAUAGAUGCCACUACUGUCACGGAGUGCUUACACACUUUCUGCAGAAGCUGUCUAGUGAAGUACCUUGAGGAGAAUAACACCUGUCCCACGUGCAGGAUUGUCAUUCACCAGAGCCACCCACUGCAGUACAUCGGCCAUGACCGGACAAUGCAAGACAUUGUCUACAAGUUGGUGCCGGGGUUACAAGAGGCGGAGAUAAAAAAACAAAGAGACUUCUAUCAGAAGCUGGGAAUGGAUGUGCCCGGGGACAUCAAAGGAGAGCUGUGCAGCAUGAAACAUCUAGAUCCUCAACGCAAUGGCGAGGUGAAAACAGAGAACGCAGACAAAAAGGAAACGGCGGAGGAGAAACCGGAGGAGGAUAACGAUUAUCACCGCAGCGACGAGCAGGUCAGCAUCUGUUUGGAGUGCAACAGCAGCAAGCUCCGCGACCUGAAGCGCAAGUGGAUCCGCUGCUCGGCUCAAGCCACGGUCCUUCACCUCAAGAAAUUCAUCGCCAAAAAGCUUAACCUGACAUCGUUUAAUGAGCUGGACAUUUUAUGCAAUGAAGAAAUCUUGGGGAAGGACCACACUUUGAAAUUCGUUGUCGUGACGAGAUGGAGAUUUAAGAAAUCCCCCCUCCUGCUGCAUUACAGGCCCAAAAUGGAUUUGCUGUAGUCGGACAGAACGGUUGUUUUGGCCCAGUGGCCCAGGACUGUGCAACGUACUAUUUAUGCAGAGACGAUCAACCCCAACACCAACACACCAGAGCAAAAGUACACACAAGCCAGCAAACAACGAACCCCAGCACAGAUACUGCACCACUGGCGGGUUUGGAUCAAAAACAACCUUUUUUUUGUCCACUAUACGUCCUAGAUAUGUGAAAAAUUAGAGAGAAAAAGCAUAUAUUUAUACUUUUGUACAGGUGAGAGACAUGGAACCAAGACACUACUGGUGCUCUGUUUACACACGAACAAGAUGUCGGGUGAUCGUUCUACCGUCUUUUUUGUUUUCUACAGACUUCACUCCUCGGACGUUCAUUAACUGAUAAAAAAGGGGAGGACGAGGAUUUUUAACCAUUCGUUUUCUUUUUCAGGUUAAAGUCAGUGAGUCUUGGGAGCACAGAAAGUAUAUAAAGUUACAUGAUAAGACUGUUUCUAAGCUGUUUGUUGAGUUGUUGAAUUGUCCUCUGAUUUUUUUUCUUUGAUUUUUAAUUUGCUUCGGGGAUUUGCUGAACGUUGAUUGUGAAUAGGCAAAAACAAGUGUUUAGUAAUUUAUGUUCUAUAUAACAAUAUUGUACAUAAAAUGUCAUUAUGAGAGAGAUUGAAAGGAGUAGGAGAGAGACUUUAGACUGUUAGGAAAAGUUCCAGAAGUGCUAUAUUGUUGGGCUACUCGAAUGUAGCAUUGGAGGGUACGUUAGAGUUUUAAUGCAGAGAAGACUUCUUGUCGGUAUUUAGAAGGGCAGCCGAUAGUUGUCUGAGAGAGAAAUCAAAUAAAUAUAUCAAAUCUUCUGCCGUGUAAAAAAAAAGAAGAAGAAAAGGGUCUGAAAUGACGUUGCAUUGCCGUAUGAGCAAUAUAUGAAUUUGAGACCGUCUACAAAAGCAGCCAGCUUCUGAUAGCAUUAUAGCGUCCUACUCCUUAGUAGAAUGUAUUCCACUGGGUGAUCUUCAUGUACAGGGCAUCCCUUCUUCUGUCCCUAUCUCCUUCUGUCCCUAUCUCAUCGCUACCUUUAGUGCCAAAGGCUUGAAAAACCCCUUGACUUCCCCUUGUAUUUCCACGUGGUGAGCUAUAUGAAAGUCGCUGAGAUAUCAUCUAUUUCACAGCAGUAUGUGACCUGAGAUAGAGAGCUGUUUGAAACAGAGAGUCAAAUAUGAAAUUGAGAUGUUAUUAAUAUCACAAGAGCUUCGAGUUUCUUCAUUUUGUUAAAGAAGCACACUCAGAUAUUGAAGAGAAAUACUCUUUUGAGCAUAUGAAAUAAAAUCAUUUUUUUAUAUGA